AAAAAUAACAAUAAUAACAAUACAAAAUAAAUAUAAAAAUGCCAAAAAACAUCAACACCUUAUUAGAGUAGAAAUAAUAAUAAUAAUUUUAACCAUAAAAGAAGAAACACAUUAAUAAUUAAUACAAUUUAAAUUAUUUUAAACACAUCACACAAUUAUGGAUAUGAAUAAAUCAGCAGAUAUAAAAAAUGGUGCGGUUAAUGAUCGUCCAUUGUUUAUGCAAAAUGGCAAUCGUGGUUUUUCGAUGAGUGAUUCACAGGAAAUCAGUAAUUUCAGACAAGCGUUACCACAAUUUUUAGCCGUUAGUGUUAAAAACAUUUUACUUUUUGUUUAUGGCAUGACAUUGGGAUUCCCAACAAUUGUUAUACCCGCCAUACAAGGUGGUGAUGGCAGAGAACCCAGUGACAUAGUAUUAAAUAGAGAUGAAAUUUCAUGGUUUAGUUCUAUAAAUUUGAUAUGCGUACCCUUGGGCUGUUUAUUUUCGGGUAUAUUAACACAACCCAUUGGAAAAAGAAGAGCUAUGCAGUUUGUCAAUUUACCCAUUUUGGCAUCAUGGCUUUUAUUUCAUUUUGCCACUAAAACCGAACAUUUAUAUGCGGCCCUUUGCUUAAGCGGUCUUGGAGGUGGUCUAAUGGAGGCACCAGUUCUAACGUAUGUAGCAGAAAUAACAGAACCCAAAUAUCGUGGCAUUUUAUCGGCAUUGGGAUCAACAUGUGUCAUAACAGGUGUUUUCAUACAAUUCAUAAUGGGUUCAUUAAUGGAUUGGCGUACAAUAGCAGCUGUGAGUUCAGCUUUUCCGGUGAUUUCUAUAAUCUCAUUAUGUUUUGUGCCCGAGUCGCCGCAUUGGCUAAUACGUGAAAAAAGAUUUCGUGAAGCCAUUAAAGCGUUACAAUGGCUGCGCGGUUGGGUGUCGGAACAGCAUAUUGAAGAGGAAUUUAAUAGACUAUACGAUGAAUUAAUAACACAACCGGCUUUGGAAGAACAAGCAGAAGAAGUGCGUAUGCAAGCAACUGGAGGUAGAACAUUUUUCACUCGUUUUCGUAUGUUUCGAAAACGUUCCUUUCUGGUGCCUUUCUUAUUGGUGGCGUUCACGUUUUUUGUGGGACAUUUUUCGGGUAAAACUUCAUUGCAAACUUAUGCUGUACAAAUAUUCCAUACACUUAAGGCUCCCAUUAAUAAAUAUCAUGCGACUAUAUUGUUGGGAGUAGCCGAAAUGAUUGCCACUAUUUUGUGUGUAUUUCUUAUACAUUUUUCGGGUAAACGACCAUUGGUGUUGAUAUCAACAGUUGGUGUGGCUUUGUGUUGGUUUGGUACUGCCACCUAUGCCCAUUAUCUGAAAAUAGUGCCCGGUUUUGCCAUUAACAAUGUGGUGGUGAAUGCUUCCUCAGUUGUUCCCAAGGAUAGUAUACUAUCACGUGAAAACAUAACGAAAAUAUUUGAAAGUGAAGAAAAGGCUUUAUUGCUUAAGACUCCAGAGGAAACGAUGGUAGAAAUGACUACUUUAAAUUAUUUUGAGACUAUAAGCAAUCAAACUCGUUCAAGAAGACAAGCGGCUAUUGAAGACACUACUUUGGAACCUUAUAAUAUAACAUUUGUGGACUUGAAAGAUUUAGAUUAUGAUAGUAUAUCCAACUACACGGAGACAACGCCACACUUUGAUUUGGAGGAUUCAAGUGAGAUUGAAGAAAAUUGGACCACUACUAUGAGACCAGUAAAUGAAGUCCCUAUUUCCUUAACAACUUCAAGCACUACGACCUCAACUACAACUACAACUACAACGGUAAAACCCAACACACAAAAAGGACAAUCUCCCAUACCUAAAGAGAUUCUACUAAAAGUUCCCAAACAGGAAAGAAAUAACUUGGUAUGGGUGCCUCUUAUUCUACUAUUAGGAGCAGCAUUCUUUGCUCACUUUGGUAUACGUAUGAUUCCCUGGAUUUUGAUAGGCGAGGUAUUUCCUGCUCCUGUGCGCAGUACCGCUUCUGGUUUGGUCAGUGCUCUGGGUUAUAUAUUUGGCUUUUUGGCCAAUAAAUUAUUUCUUCAAAUGUUGACAACUCUAACGCUGCCGGGUACAUUUUGGUUUUAUUCGAUAGUAGCUUUUGUGGGAGCUAUAACCUUAUAUUUUACAUUGCCGGAAACGGAAGGCAGAACUUUAGGCGAAAUUGAGGCUCACUUCUCGAAAAAAUCCGAUAAAAAUCUUCUCUGCAAAAAACAACAAAAACAAGAAAGACUGCAAAAACAACAACAAAAGCAAACCUGUUCCAUCCACUUGGAUAAUUUGGACAAUUUACAAAUACCAGUUGGUCCCUAUACGGAGGCAAAAAUCAUACAACUACAGCAAAGCGAUUUCAUACCUACACACAACAAUAACAAUAAUUCUAAUGAUAAUCAAGGUGGUUUUACCAAUAUGGCAUACGAAGAGAACAACACUACUCAUUUAUAGUUUUGUUAGUUUCUUUUAGAUAAGAUCAAAUUUGUGUACUUUUAAGUAUUAUGUGGACCAUAAUUGUAUUUCUUUUUAGGGAGAAAAAUAUACACACAAAAAUUAUUUAAUUAAAUUAUGUAUGUAAAAAGUGCCACAAAAUAGGUUAAUUUUGUGGUUUCAUAUUAAACUGCAAAUAAGAAAAUUGUGAUUAAUUUUAAGAAAAUAAAUUUAUUUAAAAAAAGAAAUGUAAUAAAAUUUUGUACAAAAUUUUGAAAGGACCUUUA